AUAAAUAUCUGUUUGGACGUCCUUCUUUCAUUUAAACGCCAUUGGAAGCUUCUCUCCGACUGUCAGCUCGUGGACCAAAUUCUUACCGUCUCUGAAGAUGAAGUUAGCCGCGCUGGUGCUGCUGGUUGCUGUUGGAAUGGCGCUCAAUGAGCAAAACUCCGAGGCUCUCACACCAGACCAGAUCAUCAAAAGUAUGAUGGGCAGUCGUCCGUACUGGAAAGUGAUGUAUGCUUUGGACAGCAGCGGCAGCAUUGACAGCACUGAAUGGACACAGUCCAAAUCAGCGGCCAGGGAUAUCCUUGCCAUCAUCAAUUACAUCCCUCAUCCUAAUAGUAUUGUCCCUAGUGGACAUAAGAUUGGUCUGGUACGGUUCUCUAGCACAACACCGACAACGGUCAUCUUCUCCCUGGGGACCUACCCGUACUACCCAGCCAAUGAUGCCGCUAUUGCUGCCGUGCCUAAAGUUGGUAAGGUCGACACUGUCAAAUCAAUGUACCUCAUCANAACACAUGCAGAAGACGGUAAAGCCGUCACUUUGGACACCGCGCCCUCUGCUAACGUUGCUGCCAUGGGACGUAUCCAGUUUACGACUGUUGCAGUAGUUAGUAGUGCAGCACUGUCUGCAGACUCUUCUGGUCCCAGUUCCAGUGCAAGUAUUGCCCUGGAGCUCCCGGCUGGUACAAAGUGA